GACAGGACGUCGCUGCCGCUGCCUCUGCUCUUCUCUGCUCUGCCCGCGCGGGCGCCACUCGAGAAGCGCUAAGGACAUUCCGACGCCGACGUCGUUCGCGUCCGCGCUCGCGUCGUGUUCGUUCGUGUUCGUGCUCGUGCGUUUCGGACUCGGACUCGGAUUCGCACUCGAGCUGCAGCCUGAGAUUGCGAUUCCGAUUCCGUUCUUGGCCGUGGUUCAGUCAGCAAGCGAAAGCGCCUUUUUCCCAGAACCCUGAAUCCUGAAAGCGCUGAGCGCCUCACAAAAAAAGGAAUAAACGCACACUCUGAAGGCAAGAAAAGGCAAAGAAGCAGCGGAAAUUUGCAAAUAUUAACAGUUAACGGGACCGCAGUGCGUUUUUAUUACCGCCGCCUCCGCCGUCGCUGCCUACGCAUGUGUGUGUGCGAGUGCCUGUGUGUGCGUGCGAGGGGGCGGGGGCAUGUGUGCGAGUGUGUUGGUGUGCGCGCGUGUUUAAUUAAUCAUAAAAUCUCCAUCAAAAUGCAAAGCCCGCAAAAGUAACUCGCAAAAAGCAGCAACAACGAGAGCGGGGGCGGGAGAUAACAAGCGGGGGGAGGAUAGAGAGAGAGAGACGGAGAGCGAAAUGUGCAAUAAACUCGAUUUUUCUGGCAUCUAAACUAAAAACUAACGGCUCGCUUUGCCGUCGGCAUCCGUGAGAUACUUUCCGAAGAAACAACAAGAUGCAAUAAUGAAACAAGGAUAGCGAAAGAGCAAAAAACCAAAACAAGCGACAGGAGAAAAGGCGCCAAAAAGGGGUGCAGUCCAUGCGCAGACUUCAGCGGCAAUCGGGAUCAGGAGGUGAGCGCUUCCGAUCGAGGGGAUAAUGUGUUCAAUAUUUCGCAACCGCAUCAAUUACCGUGGGACUGGCGGCACCAGGAGCGGCAGCGGGGAGCGGGACAGGGAUCGAGAGAGGGAUCGGGAUCGGGACAGAGACCGAGACAGGGACAGGGACACCCUGCUGGCCAAGGAGCUGGAUGCGGAUAGCAACAACAAUGGCACCGAGCCGCAGGUGGAACCGGAAGUGGAAGCGGCUCCUGACUGCUCCGACACGGAACGGGAGGCGGAGCAGGAACAGGAGCUGGACAACAGCAAUGAGGCGCUCGAUCUCUCGGUGAUCUCGGCCAGCGGUCGGGGAUCUCUGCCGGGCAGUGGUCACGUCUCGCUGGAGGCUUUACAACAUACCAAAGUGGCGGUGGCCCAGUUCGCGGCCUCAGCGCUGUCCGGAGGAGGUGGAGGUAGCCACCAGUCCGCCGACCUGGCCAUGGUGCAGUCCACCAUCUUCAAUGUGCAGCGGCAGCAUCUGAUGCAGCUGCAGCUCAUCCAACACCUGCAGAGUCAAUUGAAAAGGGCCGAGGCCGUAGCCCUGGGCAGGCAAGCCCAGAGCGACGAAGAGGAGGAAGAAGCGGAGACGGAACCAGAGCCGGAGCCCAAGGAGGAGCCAGCCAAUGGCCUGAAGGAGGAGGCACAGGAGCUGGAGCAGGACGAGGAACAGGAACAGGAGCGCGAACGGGAACGGGAGCUGGAGGAGAGUUCAAAGACUGACAAGGCGACGACUGAGGAGAGAAAAGUGCAGGCGGAGAUUGAGGGCUCGGACUACCAGCCAAUGAUGUGCGACAUCAGUUCGAGCCUGGCCUCGAGCAUCAUCACCAACCACGAUCCCCCGCCGGCUCCCAACGAGCCCAACUGCCUGGAGAUGCUGCAGCGGCGCACGGAGGAGGUCCUUGACUCCGCCUCCCAGAGCCUGCACGCUGCCCAGCUGCAGGAGGAGUACUCGGAGUACGCCUCCAAGGAGGCCCAGAGCCGGGGCGAGAUAUUCAAGCAUCGCUGCAAGUACUGUGGCAAGAUCUUCGGCAGCUACUCUGCCCUCCAGAUCCACCUGCGCUCGCACACCGGGGAGCGGCCUUUCCACUGCAACGUCUGCGGCAGCAAGUUCACCACCAAGGGCAACCUGAAGGUCCACUACCAACGGCACACGCAGAUUUUCCCGCCCAUGCUGCUGCCCCCAGGGGUGGCGCCCAAUGUGGGGCACCCGUCCGGACAGGGACAGGGUCAGAGUCAGGGUCAAGUCCAAGCCGAGCAGUUCCCUAUGCGCCUGCCCUUUGUGCCGCCUGCGAUUCCGGCGAGCCAGGAGCAGGUGCACCAGCAGACAGAAGAGCAGGAGGAGAUCAAGUCGGAAAUACCAGCCCUCCAGGCCGAAGAUCUCAGCAAGCCGGCGGUGAAGGAAAAGGAGAAGGCGCAGGAGAAGGCGCACUCGCCUGUCGAGCGUGCCAAGACUCCCAAAGAGGUGACACCCGAGCUGAAGUCCCGACCACCACCCAUACCGGCUGAACCGUCACCCGAGAAGGCCGAGAAAGAAGCUCCUCCCAAGCCCACAAUGACCCCAUCUCGCAGAAACGGCUCCAUACGCAAGCGACAAACAAGCAGCGCUGGAAGCCCACCACAGGAGGAUAGGGAAAGGGAUCUUGCCGAACACCUGCACAUAGCCAAGCUGGUGAGGCGCUCCUCCUCUAGUCGAGAGUCCCAGCAGCCGGCCGAGUACUCGCUCGCCCAGAUGGAGCGCAUCAUCGACAAGUCCUGGGAGGACCUCAUCGAGAUCGACAAGACCUCAGAGACCUCGAAGCUGCAGCAGCUGGUGGACAACAUUGAGAACAAGCUGACCGAUCCCAAUCAGUGCAUCUUCUGUCAAAAGGUCAUGUCGUGCCGCAGCUCUCUGCAGAUGCACAUCCGCACCCACACCGGCGAGCGACCCUUCCGCUGCAAGAUCUGCGGCCGGGCCUUUGCCACCAAGGGCAAUCUCAAGGCCCACAUGAGCAUACACAAGAUCAAGCCGCCGAUGAGGAGCCAGUUCAAGUGCCCCGUGUGCCACCAGAAGUUCUCCAACGGGAUCAUCCUGCAGCAGCACAUUCGCAUCCACACCAUGGACGAUGGCAGCGGUGGUCAGGGAGGUGCUCCCCCAAAUCCCGGAGAGGCUGAACGGCUAGGCAUUGAAGAUCAAAACUCGAACAAGUCCAUGGGCACUUCGGAUACCCUGGACUUCUCCACCACCAUUUCGGAUCAUUCGGGUCAGAGGUCUGAGUCUUCGCAGGGCGGUGACUUUGACGAGUUCAUGACCAUGGACAGUACCGACGACUCCAGGGAUAAUUCGAGUGCGGCAACAGCCACGCCACAUCCUCUGGAGAGGGAUAGGGAUAGGGACCGGGACAGAGACCGAGACCGGGAGCGAAGGCCACCCAACGAUGGCUCCGAUGAGAGAUCCCACUCCAACCCCGACCUGGCCGGUGGCCGAUCUGAGAACGGUGAGAUGCCUGCAAUGGAUCUGUCCUCGCCGUCGUCAGCCUCUGGUCGCAUUUUCGGCGCUGGAAUGGUCAACGGAGGAGCCGGUGGAGGAUCAGGAAUGCCCAUGCUCGGAAUGCCCAUGCCCCCAAACCUACUGCUCAUGGCGGCUGCCCGCGAGGAAAUGCACGCCUUGGGCCACGCCCAUGCCAAGUUCCCGCUGCUGCCCUUUGGUCCCCUCGGAUUUAUGGGCCUGCACCCGCCCCCCAAUGUGUGCAAUCUCUGCUUCAAGAUGCUGCCCAGCCUGGCUGCCUUGGAGAGUCAUCUGCAGAGCGAACAUGCCAAAGAACCGGCCUCGGGCCACGCCCACCGCCCCCACUGCAACGAAGCUGGAUCACCGUACGGUGCCAAGCUCACUCUCAACCCAAAUCUGUUUGCAAAGAAGCCGCCUCCGACGGGCGACAAGCUGCCGCCGGAAUCGUCACCCCGGCCGAUGUCACACAGCUCGGAAGCCCCUUCCGCGGCGACACCGGUCAAGGAGGAGCAGCCCGAUCAGGAUAAUCUGGCGCUUGAGGAGGGGGCAUCAUCAGCCUGUGAAGGAUCUGCUCCAGGUACUGGUGCUGGUGCCUCCAACUACCCGCAGGAAACCGGCGAUGCCGAGCAGUCGCUGAUGAAGAUGCAGCUCCAUGCCCAUCGCUUCCCGGCCAGUCCCCUUGACUUUCAGCAGGCUCUGAUGUCCGCCGGUCCGCCGAGCUCCAGCCUGGAUCCGCCGGUGAACAAUAAGCACUUUUGCCACGUCUGCCGGCGGAACUUUAGCUCCAGUUCCGCCCUCCAGAUUCACAUGCGAACCCACACGGGCGACAAGCCCUUCCAGUGCAAUGUCUGCCAGAAGGCCUUCACCACCAAGGGGAAUCUUAAGGUACACAUGGGCACGCACAUGUGGACGAACCCCACUUCGCGGCGAGGUCGUCGGAUGUCCUUGGAGCUGCCCAUGCGUCCUGGCCCGAACCAGGGCGCUGGACAUCCAGGAACUAGUGCCGAGCAAGAGUUUAUGCAGCGAAGACCGGAGCUCUUUUUUCCCUACCUGCCGCCUUUUUUUAACGGACUGCCGCCAAAGCCUGGUGAACUGAGUCCCGGCGCCUUUCCCAACAUCCCUCCGCCGCCUUUUGCCAACGGAGGGAAGUAUCCCUAUCCACCCGGACUUCUCGGUUUCCCGGGCUUUCUGGGACAGCAUCCGUACGGCAUGGAUCGGAGGAGUAGCAGCAAGUCACCCACUCCAGAGCCGGCCCAGAGUCCUUCGCUGAGGGAGGACGACAUGGGGGGCGGCAGCAUUUGGCAUCCGCUGAGCAGGAUCAAGGUGGAGGGUAACCAGGGCGAUGCCCUGCUCCACGAGCAGGAUGACCAGGCGGAGGCCGAGACAGAGGUCGCCGGGGGCGGAGACAUGGAAGAGUCGGAGUCGAGAGAUGCCGAGAAGUAACUGAGAGAGAAAGAGAGGCAGUCUUAGAUCGAGUCUUAGUCUUGGAACACACAUGGUUUUUGUGGAGUACAUAUCUUGAGCAUUACCCUACGCUAAGCUUCAACUAGCACUGAGACACACUCAACGCGAACACGAAUCCUCACACACACACACAUAUAUACGAAUAUAUCCUUUGUGUCUAUACAUAUAUAUAUAUAAAAUAGUACGUUAAUUGAUAGCGAU